GUGUAUAUUCAGGAGAAAAUAUUGCCAACAAAUUAUAUGAAAUAUUAAAUAAUUUUGGAAUUUUAAAUAAGAUUUUAGAAAUUACUACUGAUAACGCAUCUAAUAAUAAUACAAUGUUUAGAUAUUUUGCUAAUCGUUAUGCUUAUAAUGAAAUUAAUUUUAAUACAGAUAAUCAAAGAGAUCUUUUAAAAAAUCUUAAAGCUGAAGGACCUAAUGAAAAUGAAAUUUUAUUAGAUGAAAAUAUUAUAUCUACAGUAAAAAAAGAUUUUGAAAAAGCAACUAUUAAUAUUAGUGGUUGCAAAUAUUCAACUAUUGGAUUAGUUGUUCCAUAUUAUUAUGAUUUACUUGAUGCAUUAGAAAGUUCUCUUAUAGAUUGUUCUAAUUUAAUUAUUGAAGAAGCAAUUAAAAAAGCUCAAACUAAAUUGAAAAAAUAUUAUUUAGAUGCUAAUGGUUUAAAAUCUGAAUAUCAACCAACUCAAAUUCCUGGUACUGAAAAUAUUUCAAACAAAAAUGUACCAACUACAAGUGUUUCUGCAAAAAGAGUAUUUUCAGCUGCUAAAGAAUUAAUUACUUCUAAAAGAAGUAAUUUAAAUCCUACAACAAUUAGAGCAUGCAUGUGCUUGAAAGAAUGGCAAAAAAUAAAUAAUAGCUAG